GUAGCUUGUCCCCGACAUAAUUCUAUCCCAAUGGAUCCCGGAUUUGGUUUCAAUCUUUUCAACUAUUUUCAGCUAUUUCCAGAUCCGUAUCGUCAUACAAUAGAAAUAUACUGGCACUAACACUUAUCGUUCCCCCCGGAAUUGGUAAUCGAUGUUACUACUAUACGCCCAGUGUGAGCGGUAUAUAUUCCCACGAUCUAUAAUCAUUGCAAACCAGGACACGCCUGGUCAGUACUACCUUAGUAUCGACGGUCGCCUACAUCAGCAUCUACCACGAAACCACGCGAUUCCGGUCCCCAAAAUGCCCAAGGGUUCAUCACUGCUAACACAAAGGGUCCUUACUCCAAACCUAAUCAGCUCAUGGCCAUUCAAUGGCGGGGUAACGGCGCCACCCAGCAACUUACUUCGGAUGAUUCAUUCAAUAGCGAACCAGCAGCGGCCAUACCGAGCAAUCAUAUUCGAGAACCAAGACAACCUUAGCUUGUGGAAGCUUAUAGCAAUGGGUCCCGAAUUUGGCGUGUUUCCAAAAUUCGGGAAGCCGGAGAACUCCUCCGUUACCCCGGAUCAUGAAUUUGAAAGAGCCAGGACGACAAUACAUACCGUGAUAUGAAACCUAGAAUACUAAUAAAGGCAGCCUUCUAGAACGAUAAUAGCAAUAGCACUCAUGCAAAAGUUCUAGCUUCUCUUACAAAUGCCUCUUGAGGUUUUCUUGUGACGAGACAAUCCAUAUCUGGCUUAUCAGCGAACCCAAGACUGACCCCGCACAGCUCCAAUACUCCAACGAUUGUCGAUCCAUUCUACAUCAUACCUCUUAUCAUCCGGUUCUCCAAAUCGGGUACCAGU